CCUCAGCUACGGUCCCGCCGCCCUCUGAGGGGCAGGCCCGCAGCUGGGGCCUGCCGGGAGGCACGUCCCGGCUCCGCUUCUCCGCUUCCUCCCGCCCCGGCAGGGCGGCCCUCCCGCCGCCGCCGCCGCCGCUUCCACUCCUGCGCACUGUGCGCGCCCCCCGGGCCGGGGCCGGGGUCGGGGGAGCGGCGGGUGGCCAGUUGCGGCCCCCCAGGGAGCGGGUCUGGCGGGGCCGUCGCCCGCGCUCGCAGGGAAGGAUGGAGGCAGAGGGCCGGGUACUGGGGCCGCCGCUCCCCCCGCCUUCCCUCGGCAGCGGGGGAGACGCCGGGGCCGAGGCCGAGGCCGACCCCGACCCCCCCGCGGGUUCCCCCGGCGCGGCCCGGGGGCCGCUGCUUGCUGCCGCCGCCGAGGUGCUGGCGUUGGACGAUGAGGAGGACGACCUGGAGGUGUUCAGCAAGGAUACAUCACUGGCUGAGGUAAACUCAUUCAGUCCUUCAAUGCCAAUAUCCCCCUCAUCAAUGAUAAACCAGUAUAAAUUUGAAGAUGAACCAGAAUUAAGAGAUCUCUUCAUUACAGUCGAUGAUCCUGAAAGCCACAUUACAGCCAUUGAAACAUUUAUUACAUACAGAGUAGUCACAAAGACUUCUCGUGGUGAAUUUGACUCCAGUGAAUAUGAAGUUCGAAGGCGAUAUCAGGAUUUCCUUUGGUUGAAGAGCAAACUUGAAGCAGCACAUCCGACACUGAUUAUUCCUCCAUUGCCUGAAAAAUUCAUAAUGAAAGGAAUGGUGGAACGAUUUAGUGAUGAAUUCAUUGAGACUCGAAGAAAAGCUUUACAUAAAUUUUUGAACCGUAUUGCUGAUCAUCCAACUUUAACUUUUAAUGAAGACUUCAAAAUUUUUCUUACUGCGCAGGCCUGGGAACUCUCCUCACACAAGAAGCAGGGUCCCGGUUUGCUGAGCAGGAUGGGACAGACCGUCAGAGCUGUAGCAUCCUCAGUAAGAGGGGGAGUUAAAAAUCGUCCUGAAAUGUUUACAGAAAUGAACGAUUACAUGGAAACAUUUAGUCAGAAAAUAAACGUACUAGACAAAAUAGCUCAUAGAAUUUACAAGGAAGAAAGGGAGUAUUUUAAUGAAAUGAAGGAAUACGGCCCCAUCCACACACUCUGGUCAGCAUCGGAAGAAGAUAUAGCAGACUCCCUAAAAGGUGUUGCCAGCUGCAUCGACAAGUGUUGCAAGGCUACGGAGAAGCGAAUGGCAAGGCUCUCGGAAAACCUGCUGCCGAUUUUACAUGAAUAUGUUCUCUACAGUGAAAUUCUGAUGGGUGUUUUGAAAAGGAGAGACCAAAUUCAAGGCGAGCUUGACUCCAAAGUUGAUGCUUUAGCCAAUAAAAAAACAGAAAAGGAUCUGUUCUCAGGAGAGAUUGGGAAACUUGAAGACAAAGUCGAAUGUGCCAAUAAUGCUCUGAAAGCGGAUUGGGACAGGUGGAAGCAAAACAUGCAGUGUGAUAUGAGAUCAACAUUCACUAAUGUGGCUGAGAAUAAUCUCCGUUACUAUGAAGAGUUCAAACCUGUGUUAACUUCAGAAUCAGUUUUUGUGGAAAGAGGGAGGCAGUUAUCCUUAAUUUGACAUGUUUCAAGCAAAACGUAUUUUAUUCGUGCCCAAGUGGUUGAUCCUGAGUUCAUCAUCGACAGAGGGCACUCUUGUUAUACUAACCACAACAAUUUGGAACAUAUUUUUCGGUUCAACGUCAGCUGCUAUAUUUCAGUUUGGAAACCUUUUGCUGUAGUUGCAUGAAGAAGCCCUCUGGAAAGCUCAAACUUGUGUAAAUGAUCUUGUAUGAGGAAAACGUUUAAAUGUGAUUCCAUUUCAGACAGCACAUUCAGGAAGUCCUCGUUACUUCUCUAAGAAUUGUCUUUCAUGAAAUAAUCAGACUUUACAAGGAUAAAGAAGAACAAUACAAUUUUGAGGAGUCAAUAUGAAAAGCUUAUUGCACUUCAAAAAAAAUGCUGCAAGUGUAUACAAUUAAUAAAUUAAAUCUUUUUAUAAUUGAAACUUACUCCUUCAGAAAGAAAGAAAAGUGGUUGAAAUUAGAUUUUUAUUUCCAACUCAAAUGCCAUGGUUAAUAUUCUUGGUAAGAGUUCCCUUUUACAAGAAUAUAUACUAAGAAAGAGAACUUGAAAACAUAUAACUAAAUAUGUUAAGCAUUCUGUGAAGUUUCUUCAUGGAGAAAACAUUGUUGAUUGAAGUGCACAUUUUGAAAAUAUCCCAGAUGUCUUUAAUUUUUCUAAAGAAUUUCUCCUUAUUUUGGGAAAAAAAAAAUUGGAAUAACUAAGCCAUCUAUUAAUCAUAAAUUAGUGUUUUUCACAGAUAUAUGUUGAUCUCUGUAACUUCCAAUCCUGAACUUUUUAUGGAUUCCCCGUUAGCCAAUGACAGUGUCCUAAUUUUACAAAUCAUAUUGUUAAAACAUAAUUGAAAAGACAGAGCUCUUGAUCAUCAAGUCUAAUUAAUUAACAUACAGGCUGUGAGAUGCAUGGACAUUGACAAUCUGUUGUUACAUAUUAAGAUCAAAAUAUUUUCUGAAAUCUGGCAGCAACUUUUGGCAGCCUCUCACUUUUUCUUCAGUUACUGAUGAUCUGUGACUUCUGUAUCAGCAAUAUGUAUGUUAAAAUGAUGCUAAAUAUAUUGGAAUAUUUUGUUAAUGAAUGAUUAGCUAAAUUAAACCACAAAAAUAAUGCUUUGGUUCUUUUUGCUGUCUAGAAAUGCUUUUUGCUGAACUAGAAUUUUAAUUCAGAAUGCCAAAGCUCGUACUGUACAUGAAAUUACUGUCAUUAAGUCACAAACUGCAGAAAAUGGUUCAGCUAUCUCUGUAACUGCCAGUGGUUCUUCUUAAAUAGCCUCUGGAAUACUGGACAAAUUGGUUUAUAAUGAGACAUUAUUCUUUGUUGAUGCUUUUCUUGAAUAUAGAAAUCUGCAUAAAAUGUUUUUGCUGUUAUAUCUCAGUAGAGCUAGAUUUUAGAAGAAAACCCACCUUAUCUUACUGCAGCAGUUGCAAUAAUAGAAAACAUUCUGCUAACGGUAUCACUCCUUUUUUGUAAAGUGAGGGCUUACCAUUUUUUUCUGUUUUAUCAGAAAAUCAUUAUCUUAGUCCUGACAUUCAAGAUAAUUUGAUAAAAUUGAGAUUGGGAGUUUUGAUCUAAAAUAUGUAUGUUUAUUUGAGACCUGUGGUUAAUGUUGAUGGUUAAUUAUUGGAGAGGUGAUUACUGUCAGUGGCCCAUACAUUACAAACUACAGGUAUGUAAUGUACUCCUGAAAACAGCAGAAAAAGAAGCCCUGCCAUCUGCUCUCGCUGUUUGGAAGUGAAACUUCAGGAAGGGAAUCUCAGAAGUCUGAGAAUCAGAAUAUGAUUUUUAUGCUUUCAGUAGAAAACAAAAUCCUCCCUAAAGAUAAUAGUUUGAGUCUCACUCAUUAAACUCAUGCACAAACACAGUGCCUUUUACAAUGUUUUUCACUUGUUCAGUCAUUACUUGCAUCAUUAACGUUCUCUCACAUGUCCGAAGUUAAACUACGUGUUCAUGGUCUUGAUGCACCAUUUGAUGCUUACUAAGUCUUUUCUUGCUGGAGCAUCCCUCAUCUUAUUUCUUGCCUUCACUUUUUCCCAAAGCAUGUUCUGUGCAUGUUCCCAGGCACCAUGGAUGCCAUGGAUAUGACUCAGUUGCCCAGCUCUUCUGUCCAUCUCCUAUGAGGAAUCAUCUCCUGCUUUCUUAACUUAGUCACUACCUGCUUCUCCUCCUUUCCACAGCUUUUUUUCUCCCCCCAGUUAAACUCCUAUUCUUGACCCUCCACGAGCAGUGUCCCAUUCCCUUCUCUACAGCAGCAUUUCACUGUGCUCCUCAUUAUUCCCCAGACUUGCUGACUUUUAGUUUCCCAGGCACACAACCUAACCAGGAGUCAUUCCUGUUAGUGGCCAUUCUUUAUAUCCCUUAAAUUUCUGAGAACUACAGAGUAACAAGAGACAGACAUCUCAUGUUUUCCGGUGGCUUUUGCAGUAGAGAAUCUAGACCUUCAGGACUGUAUAAAACUAAAGCCAGUGUGAUGAAGUACAACAUAGCAGUGUGUCAAGGUGCACUACAAUUUCUAAAAUGUUAUUUCCUCUUUGUCACAAUAUGGGGAAAGAGUAUGACCUUACCAUGUUUGGAUU